CAAAAAUUGAUUUGUUGUAGUAAGUAGCAAGUAAUAUUAUUUAAGCGUACUUUGCCCUCACAUCAUCAUUAAACGAUAAUGUGUACGCUAAGGACUGAGUAUUAAUUUAAUAAAACACUUGUUUGGUGAAUAUAAAUUCUCAUUGCUAUCAAGUCCACUCAGCUCUGCUCUGGUAUUUAAGUCAAUCAUAUAAUCAACUGGAAUAAAUAAUAAUGGGCAAUAAAUCAAGUCUGCUUUUGCGCGAGGAGGAAAUUGCACAGAUCCAAGAAGCCACUGGAUUUACUCCAAACCAAAUUGAACGACUGUACAGCAGAUUUACGAGUCUAGAUCGGGGUGACUGUGGUACUCUGAGUCGGGAAGACUUCCUGAGGAUUCCUGAGCUGGCUAUAAACCCACUGGGUGAAAGAAUAGUCAAUGCAUUUUUUGAAGAAAGUGGCAACGACAGAGUUAAUUUUUUGCAAUUCAUGCAAGUACUUGCUCUGUUUAGGCCUAUCAAAAAAAAUAGUCCGAAUAGACUGAAUAAUAGACAGGAAAAAUUGAGAUUUGCCUUUAAAAUGUAUGACUUAGAUAAUGACGAAAUGAUCUCCAAAGAUGAACUUUUAGCUAUUUUGCAUAUGAUGGUUGGUGCUAAUAUUAGUGAAGAACAACUCAAUAGUAUUGUGGAGAGGACGAUUGUUGAAGCUGACGAGAACGGUGACAACAUGAUCUCCUUCGAGGAGUUCUGUAAAGUACUCGAGAGGACAGACGUCGAGCAGAAGAUGUCUAUACGUUUCCUUAGUUAGAUAAUUUAUUAUUAUACACAUAUGAAAAUGAAUUAAUUUAAAUAAUUAUACAUAGAGUUAACCAAGUGUAAAUAGUACUUGAUAUAUAUUUAUUUUACGGGUGAACUGCUGAUGCCAUAUACUAGCAAAUGUCUUUUAAUGAUUGAGAUUAAUGGAUCAAAUUUUCUUUUAAGUCAUUGUUAUAAUUGUU